GAUAAUAAAACCCUAGAGUCUUACACUAUCCUCUUUCCUUCUCGCAGUGGAGUAAGAGUAGCGGUGAGGAGAUAAACCCUAGCUUUUUUUUCUCACUCUCUCUUCUCUUCUUGCUCUUUUCUUUUUUUUUCGUUUUGAUUAAACUCAUGUCUCGCUUCUCCGCUCGCUCGUAGCUCUAUCGCCGUCGCGGAUCGAUCGAUCUAUUGGUCAAAGUUGAUUUUUUUUUGUUUGAUUCGAUUUUCGUUUUUUCCUGGUGUUUGGCAUCCCAAAAUGAUUGCUACGGAAAGUGUUGUGCCAAAGCAGAGGUUGAAGAUUAAGUUCCCUUCUCAAAGGAUAGAAGCAAUUUCUGCACCACAAUCUUUUGAGUUUGGGCAGCAACUGAGCAGUUCUUUCAAUGGAAAAAAGACAUCAUCUGCUGGGAUUUUGAAAGGGACUUCAGGUUCUUACAAGCGUGGAGCAGAAGGGGUGAUUGUGGACAGUCGACCUGAGAAGAGGCGAAAGAUGGAUCGUAGUAUGACUCAGCAGUGUUCUGCCCUACUGAAGGCACUGAUGAAACAUCCAGCUGGUUGGGUUUUUAAUCAACCAGUGGAUCCUGAAGCAUUAGGGAUUCCUGAUUAUUUCUCGAUAGUAAAGAACCCUAUGGAUUUGGGUACAAUUAAGUCCAAGCUAGUGAAGAAUACUUAUCUUGGCAUUGAGGAGUUUGUGGCUGAUAUUAAACUGACGUUUUCUAAUGCCAUGUUGUAUAAUCCCGCUUCUAAUAAUGUUCAUAAAAUGGCAGAAGAAAUGAAUGAGUUUUUUGAGGUGAGAUGGCAAUCUUUGGAGGACAAAUGGAAUCAAGAAGAUCUUAAAGGUGGGCAUGGGAAAAAUUUGAGUGUGAGACUGAAAGAUGUUAAUGAAUCAAAACAGAGUUGUCCUAAAAGCCAGCUAUCCCGAAAUUACUCUUUGCCCAAGAUGUCAAGGCCAUCUGAGGAGAAGGUUGUGAAGGUACCUUUGAAUGGAAGAGCAGCAGAAGUACCGUUCAUGGUUGAGCUUCCUAAACCAGCACAGAAGUGUGUUAGCAGGUUGGCAGGAAAAAGCUUACAAAAAGGCACCACUAGUGGUGGGCGUGCUCAUGGCUCUAUCAAUGCCAAGCCACCAUUGAGUCCAGGUGCUUGCAAAUGCAGUUCAUGUGGCAGCAUUAAGUGUCAAUGUAGCCUUCCAAGUGAUUCAAACCAUGCAUCUUCCAGCGAUGUGACUUCAGAGAGAUCAUUGGGUGGAGAUCUUAGAGUGUGUAGAACUGAUGCCUCUAAACUGGAUUGCCAGGCUAAAAGCACAUUGACAUCACAAAUGAGCAAGUCUGAUCCAGAUUCUGAUGGGGCUGUAAGUGCUCUGGAUGAUGAGAACGUUUGUCUGAGUUCUCAACUUACAACUCCUGCAACAGAUGCUGCAUCUGGUGAAGGAUUGUUAACUCCUAUUUUUGCUAUUCAAAUGUCGCCGAAGAAGGCUCUCCGAGCUGCAAUGCUGAGAAGCCGUUUUGCUGACACGAUUUUGAAAGCUAAGCAGAAGAGACUACUUGAUCAUGGCGAUGAAGCUGAUCCAGUGAAGAUGCAGCAGCAAAAGGAAAAAUUGGAAAGAAGGCAGCGAGAAGAAAAGGCAAAGAUUGAAGCUCAAAUCAGAGCUGCUGAAGCUGCAGCAAAAAUGAAGGCAGAGGUCGAGUUGAAAAAGCAACGGGAAAGAGAAAGAGAAGCUGCUCGAAAUGCAUUGCAACAGAUGGAGAAAACAGCUGAGAUUGAACAGAAUGUGGAGAUUGUGAAGGAACUCGAGAUGCUGAUUGGAUUCUCUCUUUCUAAUUACUGGCAUGGUAGGAGAAAUCCACUGCAUCAGCUGGGUUUGUUCAUGAAAGAUGAGUAUUUUGAAGACGACCAUGAGGAUGCAGUUAUGAAUGAAGUUGGUGAAGAGGGAGAAAUAUUGUCAUAAAUAUAUAUAGAGCUCUUGUUUCUUUCAUCUUCAUUGCAACAGCCUUUGUUCCAUCUCCUUGUUAAUAUUGUUUUUGUGGGGGACAGGAAAAAAAGAAAUUAGUAUUUGUAAAUGAGGUAUUUUUUCAGGGAAUUGGAAUUUUUGUAAACAAACACGUGUAUAUUUAAUAUAGAAAAGGUAUAAGUAUAGUUUCCAUCAUA